AUGGGCACCGAUUUCUUGCCCAUUGAGGAUGAGCGACGUAUAACUAAUAGGUUAUCCAUCUCUUACCAUCGUAAGUACUACCCCUCGCUCAAUUUACACCAGUACAGAGGAUUUUGGUCCAGAAUAGACGAUUUAGGCAUUGUAUUUGACUUGAAAAACAUAAAAUUACGAGAGUUACAAGAUUCAUUACAAUGUAGGCGCCGUACUGCGUUUGUGAAACCAGAAGAGUUGGAUAACUUUGAAAUCAUCACUACGCCCAUAAAGGAUUAUGCCUAUAAAACCACUAAAUAUGGCGAAGUGUACUACUCUCCUCGGUACCAAGACGACAAAUAUAUUUAUCGCUACGUGCUCUUGUCACGGAGAGUUAAAAAAGAGGCUUAUCGCCUGUCGAAGAUGCAGCCUUCGAGCCUAUUAACAGAUGAGCAAAUCGUCCGCCAUCUGGGUAUCGAUUUGUCUCCAGGCUGGGAGCACUUCAUGAUUUACCGCAAUAAACUGGACGAACUUAUACUCCGUAGACCUAGGAACAAAUAA